AUCCUCUUCGACCUCAAUAGUACAUUCGCGCGUUGUUUGUAAUUGACACAAUCUGGUAGGUUUCUUGUCGGGUCGCAGUGACGGUACUUAUGAGAUUAUUCAGCCUAAAUAUCAAACAGCGUGAAGUAUUUUGUGUGGCAUUUGCUUUUUGGAGGAAAGUGGUUGAGCUUUUGACGACGAUUUGCGGUUUACACUCACAAUUCUCAGGUGGUAGAAAAUUGUAGACCACACGAAGAAGCACGUCAUGCCACGUUCUCAAAUCGUGUCCACCCAGGGUUCGAAUGCAAGUUAUUCGAAAAGAGAAAUCAAUCCAGAAAAGCAUUCUAUGACGAGGCGUUCGCAAACCUUAUCAACUGAGAGUCCACAGGCAAGUACUAACUCAACCGUUGGUGAUGAAAGUAUUAAUCAGAACUCAAGGAAAAGACACUUACGGCCUAUCCAUUCAAAAGUUUUUGUGCCAACCAUAUCUUAUAGACCUCCAAUAGUCGCUGUUACCCCUAAACUUGCCACAGCAACCCGUGCCGUUUUACGGGCAAAAUAUGACAAUGAAGCCAACCGAAGGAGAAACAUUUUAGAACAGAAACUAGAAGAAAUUAGACAGCGUCAGGCGGAAGAAGAAGCUGAAGAAAUAAAACGACUUCGUAAGGAGACUGUACACAAACCAGAACCCAUCAAAAGAUACAAAUAAGUCAGAAUUAUUAACAACACUACCUGACUCUCUUUAUAUGUUGACUUUGAAUACAAUCCCUUAUGUGUAUUCUCACUUCAAACAGCGUUACAUCGAACUUCAGGAACUCAUGGAGCACCUUUAGUGCGAAUGGUUGGGAGAGUUAUAAGAUUUAAGUGUAAAAUAUACCCUACCGAGAUUCAGUCG